AUGCAGCAGAUGGACCCCUCGUGGUCCCCGUGGUCGGCGUGUCGACGCUGCGUCCAGACGCGAGAGCGGCCUUGCCUCGAACCGUCGCGCUGCGGGGCCCUGGUCCGGGAGACGCGGACGUGUCCCUACCGACACUGCGGUCCCGCGCGGCUUCGGCCCGCUCGGGAGGCGUCGUCGCGGAAGCAGAAGCAGCCGGGCUUCAAGGUGCUUCAUCACCUGCAGAGUCUCGUCUACUCGGACUGGUCCCGCUGGUCGCCGUGCACGAGCGAGUGUCGGACGCGCAGGCAGAGGGUCUGCAGGAUGCCCAUGGUGUGCGGCAAAGCGUCCCUCCAGGAGGACGCGCUGUGCUACGUGCGCGGCAGUCCCUGCGAAGUGCGCUACGCCGCCGAUCAUGCGGGAUCCGAAGAGCCGCCGGAGACCGUGAGCGGCGACAGCCCGCUGUCCUGCGGAGUGCCUCGCAGCAGCACCAGGCCCGCCCUUCGCAUCAUCGGCGGACGGCCCGCGGCCAGGGGACGCUGGCCUUGGCAGGUGGCCGUCCUGAACCGUCGACGCGAGCCUUUCUGCGGAGGCACCCUGGUCUCUGCCGGCUGGGUACUCACGGCUGCCCACUGCGUGCGCCGACGCCUCAUCGUGCUCGCCGGCGAGCACAGCCUCCACCGACGCGAAGGCUCGGAACAAGAAGUCCGGGUUUCUCGCACCGUGCUGCACCCAGACUACGACCCGGAGACGGUGGACAUGGAUCUGGCCCUCCUGCGCCUGCGCAGUCCGCUCCCCAUGGGGGCCUUCGUGGCGCCGGCCUGCCUCCCGGAACCCGGCGACACACUAGUCCCGGGAGCCAUGGCAACCAUCUUGGGCUGGGGCAAGCUGAACAAGCGGCACGCCAACGGAUCGGACCUCCUGCACCAGGCGCAGGUGCCCGUGGUUCCGGCCCAGGACUGUCGAGACGUCUACGCCGACUACCUGAUCAGUGAGAACAUGCUCUGCGCCGGGUUUCGACGUGGCCGCGUCGAUUCCUGUGCUGGGGACAGUGGCGGUCCGCUGCUCGCCAAGGACCGUCACGGGCGGUGGACCAUCUACGGGGUCACCAGCUUCGGCGAGGGUUGUGCACGGCAGGGACGCUAUGGCAUCUACGCCAAAGUGGAAAACGCGCUGCGUUGGAUCCGGAGGACCAUUGCCGAGAACUCUUAG